AUGCUCGCCUUCGCCCUCCUCCCUCUCCUCGCGCUCAGCGCCAUGGCCAUCAAGGUUACUGUGCCGAACAACAGCACAGGGUGGACCAGUACCGGGCCUCAGAUGAUCAUGUGGGACUCCGUCUCCACUGAUCCCGGGAACUUCACAAUUCAGCUGAUUUCGCCCAACACCCCCAACGCACCCACCACGCUCGCCAAAGAAGUCAACACCGCCGAUGGGUCGUACACGUACACGCCCACCUCCUACGUCGCUGUGGGACAGCAGUACCGCGUCAACUUUAUCUCGACGAGCAGUCAGGCGGGGAUCUUGGCGCAGAGCGAUUACUUUGAGGUCAAGCAGGGGGAUGCGACUGCGUCUAGCUCGUCUAGCUCGGCCAGCUCGGCCAGCAUGAGCGGCGCGUCCCAAUCUGCUUCGGCGACGCUUAGCCAGAUCUCGGCUUCCGGGUCAUCUGCUGCAGCGGCUGCGUCGUCCUCCAGGGCCGCUGGGCAGCUCACGGCCGGCGUGUCGGGUGCGGGUGUCGUUGCUGCUGCUCUGCUCGCCUUCUUCGCUUGA